AUGCUUGCGUCCAGCUCGACCGAGGCGUGUCAGCUUAAGCAGGCCAUCCUCGCGAGCGUCAGCUCCCGUAACGGAGGUUUGAGAAGCCAGCUCAGCGCUCAACUGGCCUCGCGCGACACGCUAGCAACCAUGCAGCGGCUCGAACAGGGUGCGGUACAUGCUUCUCCCAGACCGCCCAUCCUGCUCACUGGCCGUCGCGAGGACCCGUCGAUAGCUCAUACUUCCGAACGCACGAUAGAAGCCGCCGCAGCCAUGCUUGACAUAGUCGCAUGCCCCUCACAUGGCCUCGAUUUGAGCAAUGGCGAUUUGGACCUAAUAAGUGGCAUCCAUACGACUCUCUCCACCAUCGAUACCAUCCAUCUCUCCCGACAGCACAUCCUAGCAACCAUGCGCGCUUCUCAGGUCUCGUUCUCCGGAAUGCCCACCGGCAAGAAAUACAUGGGCUGGUGGGGCGACAUGGGUGGCCCUGCCCAGCGCGGCAUCGUGCAGUACUCCGUCUCGCCGUUCCAGCAGAAUGCGAUGCGCGGCGCCCUGCACAGCUACAUCUUUUACGGCUUCAAGCGCAUCAUGCAGCAGGCUCCCUACUUUGCCGUCCCCUUCGCCGCAGGUUACGGUCUGAUCGCUUGGGCCAAGAGCAAGAACGCCUACUACAACUCCAAAGCCGGCCACGCCGAGCUUGCUCACGACGAGUAA